AUGAGUGAUUUUGUCUUUCUUUUGAACACACAGUUUUUACUUCUCUAAGAGCUGUUUCCCGGUGAACCAUUGCAAUUUCUAAGGCUCAAAUUUUUACGAAUGCUAUUUAAUUUUUAUUUUAUAAAUUGUUACUUAAUUUCAUAAAAUAUUUUUCUGUCCAUCAAGAAGUUAAGUUUCUGUUCUUAAUUAAUUACUAUUAAAUAGUAGCCAUGAGGGAAAUAGUGCACGUACAAGCCGGACAGUGUGGAAACCAGAUUGGAGCAAAGUUCUGGGAAAUUAUAUCUGAUGAACAUGGUAUUGACCCAACUGGAGCAUACCAUGGUGACUCUGAUCUUCAACUUGAACGUAUUAAUGUUUAUUAUAAUGAAGCAACAGGUAGUGGUAAGUAUGUUCCUCGUGCUGUUUUGGUUGAUUUAGAGCCAGGUACAAUGGAUUCUGUAAGAUCUGGACCUUUUGGACAAAUUUUCAGACCUGAUAACUUUGUUUUUGGACAAUCUGGAGCUGGUAAUAAUUGGGCAAAAGGUCAUUAUACUGAAGGUGCUGAACUUGUAGAUUCAGUAUUAGAUGUAGUCAGAAAAGAAGCUGAAAACUGUGAUUGUCUUCAAGGUUUUCAAUUAACUCACUCAUUAGGUGGUGGUACAGGGUCUGGUAUGGGGACUUUGUUGAUUUCCAAAAUACGUGAAGAAUUUCCGGAUAGAAUAAUGAAUACUUAUUCUGUAGUUCCAUCACCUAAGGUUUCUGAUACUGUUGUUGAACCUUACAAUGCCACAUUAUCUGUUCAUCAAUUAGUUGAAAACACUGAUGAAACAUAUUGUAUUGAUAAUGAAGCACUUUAUGAUAUAUGUUUCCGUACUUUAAAACUUACUACACCAACCUAUGGCGAUUUAAAUCAUUUGGUUUCUUUGACAAUGUCUGGAGUAACAACUUGUCUAAGAUUUCCAGGUCAACUUAAUGCUGAUCUUCGUAAACUUGCUGUUAAUAUGGUACCAUUUCCUAGAUUACAUUUCUUUAUGCCUGGGUUUGCUCCUCUUACCUCUCGUGGUAGUCAACAAUAUAGAGCAUUAAGUGUACCUGAACUUACUCAACAAAUGUUUGAUGCCAAAAAUAUGAUGGCUGCGUGUGAUCCAAGACAUGGACGUUAUUUAACAGUUGCAGCAGUAUUCAGAGGUCGCAUGUCUAUGAAAGAAGUGGAUGAACAAAUGUUAAGUAUACAAAAUAAAAAUUCAAGCUACUUUGUUGAAUGGAUCCCUAACAAUGUAAAAACAGCAGUUUGUGAUAUUCCUCCAAGAGGGUUAAAAAUGUCAGCUACCUUUAUUGGAAAUUCAACAGCUAUUCAAGAGCUAUUUAAAAGAAUUAGUGAACAAUUUACUGCUAUGUUCAGACGCAAGGCUUUCUUACAUUGGUAUACUGGUGAGGGUAUGGAUGAAAUGGAAUUCACUGAAGCUGAAUCAAAUAUGAAUGAUCUGGUAUCUGAAUAUCAGCAAUAUCAAGAAGCUACAGCUGAUGAAGAAGCUGAAUUUGAUGAGGACCAGGAUCAAGAAGUAGAUGAAUAAAAAAAUAAUUUUUAUUUUGUAAAAAUUCAAUGUACUUUAUUUUUACUUAAAAUUGUAAUAUAACCUUAAAAUCAUAACUAAGCAACAUUAAAUUUUGUAACUAUUA